UUGAGAAUUAAGGGGCAGUGUUCAAGGAUAACGGGACAAAGAGCUGAAUUUCAAAAACUCAAAAAAAAACACUUAAAGUUACAAUUUCAGGCAACUGCAUUUAUCGUCACCCAUGUUGGCUUAUGCUUUAUGGUGGCCGUUUAUGCGGUGGUCGGCGCUUUCAUGUUCCAAGCCAUCGAAUAUCCAAAAGAGAUGGAAUUCCAGGGUCAUAUCAAGAACGACACUUGGAAUGUGGUUCAUGAAUUGUAUGACUUCAUUAACAAUAGCACAGUGAUUGAGGAGGCUGAAGUGAAGAGUAAAGCUCAUCGUUUGUUCAAACGCUACGAGAAAUUGCUCGUAGAGGCUGUAAAUUUUGAAGGUUAUGACGAACAUGACGAUACGCGGCCGACUUACCAAUGGACGUUCUCUGGAGCAUUACUCUAUUCCAUCACUGUUUUUACAACUAUAGGAUAUGGCCAUAUUUGCCCUAAAACGGACACUGGGCGAUUAAUGACGAUAAUAUAUGCAAUGAUCGGCAUACCCUUGAUGCUAUUGUGCCUUGCAAAUAUUGCUGAAACCCUUGCGCAGGUAUUGUUUUCUGUGUUUCUUCGUUAUUUAUAA